AAUGUAAACAAUGUUGAAGAUGGCGGACGAUGUCGAAGAAAAGAAAUUCGAAGAUAAUUUAGACCGUAAAACUUCUGCUAUCAAAAUCAGAUUAGAAUUGGGAUGUAAAUGUCUGGCAUGGGUUAUCAUAAUUAUAUCAGCUUUGGUUCAUAUUUACCGUUUGUUUCAGCUUGAGUAUGGUGGUCAAACAUGCCCAUUGCUAUUUCAUUCUGGUCAUUGGAGUGGUAAGAAAUGGCAACCAGAUGGAUGUAUGAUACAUGAAUAUACACAGAGUGAAAUUACUAAGUGCCUCGAGAAUCAAAAGGUGGCCUUGAUUGGAGAUUCAAGAAUGAGAGGCUUAUAUUUCCAAAUAGCAAAUUCAAUUAGUAAAGAACCUGUUCCUACAGGAUAUCAUGAGAAUUUGAGAUAUGAAGACAAGAACAAUGCUACUGUUGAGUUUUACUGGAAUCCUGUAUUAGAUAAAUCAGUUGCUCGUCUACUAAACAAAUGGCUUGAGAAUCGAGAUACAAUGCCACAUCUGAUUAUCAUGGGAGUUGCCACAUGGACCAUCAAAAAUGGCAAAUUGACAUCAAUAAUUGAUUACCAAGCUGAACUGAAAAAAUUGUCAAUACCAAUGGCUUUGAUAAGUGAGAACCUAACACAACUCAAUUUGCUUAAACCUAUCAAGUCAAAAUAUCAUCAUGAGCCACAACUUAUUUGGAUCAUGCAAGAUCCUGUCGUGGAGGAUAAAUUAGCGGAGCGUCGAAAGUCAAUUAAAAAUGACAGAAUUGAGAUGUUUAAUUAUGCUGCACAGAAGACUUUACAAUCUGAGAGUCCUCAUGUACGUCUUAUGAUGGCUACUACAUUAAUGGCUGCUGGGAAACCAGAAGAAACGCUUGAUGGAAUACACUAUACAUCAUUCAUACUAGAGAAAAAAGUGAAUGCAAUUAUUAAUUCUUUCUGCAACGAUUUUAUCUAUCCUGAUGAUGCAUCUUGUUGUAAAACAUUGGAAAGAAUAACACAGCUACAGUUUAACGCUUUUGCUGUGCUUGGAACUUGUGUCAUAUUAUGGAUGAUGAUGUGGAUUUGCAAAAAGAUGAGAGAGAGAAGCAUUAAAGAUUUGACUGAAGAUGAAGUCAAGCAAUAUGAUCAAAUUUCCGUGUUGCCAUGGUUAUACGCCGAGCACAUGUAUGCGGGUAUGAAGGCCAUGGCCAAACUUGCCGCCAUUAUGCUGUAUAUCUUUUUAGCUGAUAGUUCCUUGCUUUACAACAAGAAUCACAAAUUGUAUAGCCACGAGGCAUUUUUCGUCCCGUUAACUUUACUAAUAAUUGUUGGAUUGUGCACAAGGACACCCACAAAACAGACAUCCUUUUUAAACACACAUCAAGUGGAAGAAUGGAAAGGUUGGAUGAUUAUAGUGAUCAUGUUGUAUAACUACACACAUGCGGAAGAGGUCUUACCAAUAUUUGUGAACGUUAGACUGCUCGUCUAUUCAUUUUUGUUCAUGAUUGGAUUUGUUCAUUUCAAACAAUUUUGGUACGCCGCUGAUUUUGGAUUGUACAAAAUAUGCAAGGUUCUUGCUCACAUGAAUGUAUUCUGUGUUGUGUUGUGUCUUGUUAUGGGUCAUCCAUAUCAAUUUUACUACAUCGCACCUUUGUUGUCAUUUUGGUUUUUCAUCGUUUACAUCACAAUGGCAUUGAUACCACGUAUCACGCACCAGAUUGUCGUAGAGCAACCUCGAAAAAAUGUUUGGAUGAUCUCCAAAUUAAUUUUUUUGUUUGUUGUUGUAUUUGUGAUUUGGGCAAACGAGAACAUCUGCGAAUUCGUAUUUUCACAAAGAGUUAUUCGUGAGUUGUUUAUUGAUUCAAAUGGUGAAAUACAGAAAUGGAGGUUUCAUUCUGGUCUUCACAGAUAUGCUGUUGUAUUUGGCAUGCUUUGCUCUUAUGUUUACGUCACGUUGAAACGUAAUGGAAUCAUUAAAGACGAUGAAAAUAACGGCUUAAUUUUACCGUCGACGAAAUUGUCAGUUAUAGCUAUGCUGUUUGCGUUUGCUGGUUUGCUGGGUUUUGAAAUUCAGGCGUUCACCUGUCAUUCGAAGGACUUAUGUGAUCACACGCACUCAAUUGCGGCUUGUAUUCCUAUAUUAUCAUACUUGUUGCUAAGAAACAUACCUGGAUGGUUAAGAAGCAAGUACAGCUUCUUUUUUGCAUGGGUUGGUGAUAUGGCACUAGAGUUAUUUUUGGGACAAUAUCAUAUAUGGCUUGCGAAUGAUACGCAUGGAAUUCAUGUUCUGGUACCUGGCUAUCCUACACUUAAUGCUGUAGUGGCUUCGUUCACAUUCGUAUGUGUGAUACACGAAGUCAAAAAGAUAUGCGCUAUUUUGGCUGACACUUUGGUUACAAAAGACGUUAAAAUUAUGCUAAGACGUUUACUAAUAUUCACGAUAAUGCUUGUGGUGAUAUGGUGGCACAAAUCUCAUGAAAAGAAACCUGGUGCCUACUAGUUAUAACAUCAUCAAGUCAUUUACCCAUAUGCGGUGAACACGGAAAAAUUGAAUACUCCUGUAGGAGAAGAGUGGAAACAAUUAACCAGUCAGACAAAACUUACCUCCUGAAUAGUUCACUUGUAAUUAAUACCGACUGCUUCGAAAUGUUUCUCUUAUUUUUGCAUGUAUGUACUUUUAAAAAAGAAAAUUCUAAGUAAAGGUUCUUCACUUCUGAAUCAAAUUUACACUCUUAUAACAAUAUGAUAUAUUUUUACACUUUUAGAUAUUGUUUGUAUUAUCUGUGCAUUUCUAUUUUCUUGCACUACAACACUGCGACCGUCCGAACAGUUUUUAAAGGGAGAUUUUCACGAAGCGACUUGGAGGACAAAUUCGCCAGCGAAAUGUAUCUGAGCAUAACCAGUUAUAUUUUUUUUUCAUUUUGCUUCGGAUUAGCUCCGUCGAAAAGUAGAAACAUUUCCUCCUUUUUCGGGGCGAAAUAUUACGCUGUCAACUUUUAGCAAUUAAAACGUAAUAUUCACUGUUAAUUUUUAGAAAAACUCAAUACUGGAAAGAAUUCAAAAUAACUGUCUGGUUUUAUACCCAAAAGAGUACUUGCUUUCAGUAUUUUAAAUCGUCACAUUCCACGUGAAAAUCGAAAAGAUAUUUCGCAGCUAAUUUGUCGCUGAAUUUGCCAUUCACAAUUCGCUCCGUGAAAAUCUCCCUUUAUGCUAUUUCUUUCCUACAUAAGAGCUUUUCCAUAUUUUGAGCUGUUGAGCAUGGAAUUUUGGUCGUUAUAGAAUGUAUUGUUUUCCUGCCGUCCCUUUCUCUUUUCAAAUUGUAGGCAACUUAAAUUAAAUUCGCUUUUAUGUAAAAAGAAUAUCCAAGGUAUACGCCUGUUUUUUUGUACACAUCUACUUUUGUUUUUGAUUUCGUACUUUAAAUUAUCCCUUUUAUUGCCUGCUCGUUGCGCUAAGAUAUGCGACACUGCGAUGUUAAAACAUCGUCAAUAAAAUAAAUUGGGGCACCUUAGAACGAUUCAAAACCGGAAUUUAUUUUUUUUAUUGUAAUGAUAGAUGUCUAUUUAAGAAUAUUUAUGUACAGAUUGGUUA